UAUACCUUGCGGAAAGAUGGCUCCUUCCCCACCAGACACGAUUUCCCCCCGUUCCAAAUGAUUCAAGCCUCGGAAACCCUCAGGGAGCUCGCCGCUACAUUUGCGUGCCUUCGCACCGAACCUGCGCCCGACGUCCUACCGCCCGAGGAAUCAGUGACUCGGGCACGCGAAAAGCUCCAGCAGCAUUUACCAGAGUCCGGCCUGGGGCUAGAAGAGACGACCAAACAUUUGCAAGAAGCCAUUAUACCAGGCCUCAACGCGUCAAGCCGCUCGCCCAACUACUACGGCUUCGUGACGGGUGGUAGUACGCCCGCUGCAUCUCUCGCCGACAACAUAGUUACUGCCUACGACCAGAAUGUCGGUGUCCAUUUGCCAAAAGAGACGGUCGCAACGAACCUAGAAGAUAGGGCACUCGUACUGCUAUGCGAACUCCUAAAGCUCGACCCAGCGCAGUGGCCGCACCGAACAUUUACCACCGGAGCGACGGCAAGUAAUAUGCUCGGCGUUGCAUGUGGCCGAGAGUACGUUAUUGCAGAGGCGUCAGCUGUCCGCAGCGAUGCUACCAAUAGCGUAGGCGAGCUUGGAAUAUACGAAGCAAUGCACCGCGCUGGGAUCGACAAAAUCCAGAUACUGACUAGCGUGCCUCAUUCGUCACUGAGCAAGGCAGCUGGUAUUCUUGGACUAGGGCGUGCUUCGAUCAGAUCCAUUGGGCUGGAAGGAGCAUCGCAUAAAAUAGAUAUCGCCCAGCUGAAGAAGCUCCUCGAGCAGCCUGGCACUGCCUCCGUUGUGGCCAUAUCCGCGUCGGAAGUCAACACCGGUGCAUUUGCUACGUCCUCGCUCCAAGAGAUGCUAGAAAUUCGCAAGCUGUGCGACAUGUACGGCGCUUGGAUACACGUUGAUGGAGCUUUUGGGAUUAUGGGCCGCAUUCUCACACUCCCCACCCACUCCACCAUCAUCAACAGUUGCGCUGGACUUGAACUCGCCGACUCCAUAACCGGUGACGGCCACAAACUGCUCAACGUGCCCUACGACUGCGGAUUUUUCCUCUCGCGCCACCGCGAGAUCGCAGCUCGCGUUUUCCAAAACCCGGGGGCACCAUACCUCAGUACCGACGCUACAGACACGAUCAUGUCGCCGCUGAACAUCGGCCUCGAGAACUCACGGCGCUUCCGUGCAUUGCCAGUUUAUGCAUCGCUUACUGCGUAUGGUAGUAACGGAUAUCGUGGGAUGUUGGAGCGCCAGAUUGAGCUUGCAAGGGCGAUUGCGGAGUUUAUGCUUGAGAGCGAGGAUUUUGAGUUGUUGCCGAAGUUUGAGGGCUCGAAAGAGGAAGCGCUGAACAAUAUCUAUAUUAUAGUGUUAUUCAGAGCGAAAGACGACAGUCUGAAUAAGGAGCUUACCAACAGGGUCAAGGCGAGCAGGAAGAUAUACGUUUCGGGCACUGCCUGGGAAGGACAGCCAGCAUGCAGGUUUGCGGUCUCGAACUGGAUGACUGACGCGAAGAGAGAUCUGCCCAUCAUCAAGCAAGCCUUGAUCAAUGUUGUUAAAGGCUGGAAGAAAAGCAAAGAGGAAAUUGGUAUCGUGCAUUCAUAGCCUACCUAGGUGGCAGGUCUGAUCGCUCG